AUGGCGACCAACGAGGAAAUGAUCACCGCAAUCCGUGAUCAUGUCCAACACAACCCGCUCAACGCCCCCGACAAGGGACCACUGUGGCAACAGCUACCAGAGUUUCCUACCUCUACAGAGGUCAUGAACCCUGCUGCUACCACCAACGACCUCCCGUCAUUCCCCGUAGAUGCUCCCUUCGAGUCCAAGGCCUGCUACCUUGAGGCUCUUUACAAGAUCCUCCGAUUUGAAGCUGUUGAGGGGCUGCGUUUCUCGAUCAAUGAGUUCAAGUCAUCACCGUCCAUGGGUGACGACGAGAACACCUGUGUGUACACCAAGGUGCUCGUCAAAGGAUACCUGAUGACGAAGAUGAGUCCAUUCUGCCGCGUCAGCUUCUCGACCCAGAGGGCUGGCCGUAGAAUCCAGUGGAAGCAGGCCAAGCGUCUUACCCCAGGCCGUAUCGUCGCUCUCUCAACCGACAGUUUCCAGACCGACUGCCGUGUCGCUAUCGUUGCUCAACGCCCCAUCGAGGGCGGCCUCGAUCAAAACCCCCCAACCGUCGAUAUAAUAUGGGCCUGUGCCGAAGAAGCGGUCGUCGACCCCGACCAAGAGUUGGUAAUGAUCGAGUCCCGCAACGGCUUCUACGAGGCCGCUCGCCACGCCAUGAUUGGGCUCCAGAUGGCUGCCGGAGAAACCUCCCCCCUCGACAAAUAUCUUCUUCGUCUCGACACCCACGACUCCCUUGCCCGACAUAUUUCCCAAGAACCUCAUCUCGACCUAUCCUGCCUCGUAACACAGCUCACGCAGGCGCAGCAGCAGCGAGCCUUAGGCAGCCAGGAUCUCGAGCGCGUUGUCUACCAGCAGGUCGCCGAGAAGUACCAAGAGUGUGACAUGAGCCGUCCUCUGUCAAAGCAGGGCAUCCAACCGCAAACAAGCCUUGACGCAUCCCAACUCCAGGCCCUACAACGGAUGGUAUCUAAGGAGCUGGCAGUGGUCCAGGGCCCUCCUGGCACGGGAAAGACAUUUACCUCAGUUCAAGCCCUAAACGUCAUUCUCAGCAACCGGCAGCUCGGCGAUCCUCCCGUCAUCAUCGCCGCCCAGACGAAUCACGCCCUUGACCAGCUGCUUAUCUACUGCCAUGAGGCGGGCGCCAAGAUUUUGCGUGUGGGGGGUCGUACUGGAAACGAGAUCAUUAAGGAGCGCACCGUCUACAACCUUCGCCAGUCGCUCGGUAAGGGUGGCAUUGAUGGCAGGCUCAAGUACAAAUCACUUGAAAAGCAGCGGCUGCAAAUCAUCGAGGAGCUUAAGACCGUCGUAGAUGGGGUCUUUGGUGGCCAAGAGCUUCUGGAUCCCCAGGCACUGCUUGAUGCAGGUGUCAUCAACGAGGCCCAGUUCAACUCCCUAUCGAAUGAGGGAUGGGAAGAUGAUGAUGAGCCGGGGAUGCAGGCCUGGCUGAGUGAGGAGCGAAUCGAACGCCUACGACAGUCGCUAGAUGACGUCGAGUUCCCCGAUGAAGAAGCCGUCGACGAGCAAUUUGUUGAGAGCGAAGAUCCUGAACUGGACGACGACACAGCCGACGACCAAGACGAUCCUCUUCAUGGCAUUUGGAUCCCAUUCACCAGCUACUACACUGGGAACACUCCGCGAGUCCCAGGCUGGAAGCCUCGUUGUGAAGCUCUGCUUUCCCAGUCCGAUGACAUGUACAAAAUUCCAAUACCCUUACGUGGGGGUGUCUACCAAAUCCUUCAGGCCAAAUUGCGUGAAGCCUCGACAGCCCGGCUUCGAGAGAUAAUCCAACAGGCUGUCAGUCACGCAAAGCAACAAAAGGUCAACAAAUGGUACAGCGAUCUCAAGGUUCUUGAAAAGCACUGCAUCAACAUCAUCGGAUGCACCACGACUGGACUAACCAAAUAUCGUGGGUUUCUGGCCGCGACUGGCGCACGAGUGCUUCUGAUUGAAGAGGCAGCGGAGACCAGGGAACCAAACGUUUCCUCUGCGUUGUUCCCCAGCCUGGAGCAGCUGAUUCUCGUCGGCGACCAUCAGCAACUUCCGCCUCAGUGCGACAUUGCCCGACUUGGUGAUGAGCCAUUCAACCUCAAUGUUUCUCUGUUUGAGCGUUUGGUCCGCAACAAUGUUCCUUACACCAUGUUGAAUCAGCAACGACGCAUGGCUCCUGAGCUUCGGUACAUUGUGCAAAAGUGCUACCCCGGUCUGAAGGACCACCCUCUAGUGCUGGACCAAGCCGAGCGUCCUCCGGUUCAAGGCAUGGGCUCCCGUCGAAGCUGGUUUUUCACACACGAGUGGCCAGAGGAGACAGAUCCCGACAACAGCAAAUUCAACCACAAGGAGGCUGAGAUGAUCGUUGCAUUCAUGAUUUACCUGGUUCAGAAUGGUGUCAAACCAACGGAUAUCACUGUCCUCACGUACUACCGAGGGCAGCGGAAGAAGAUUCAGAGCCUUCUGAGGCGUGCGCGUGACGCAUUAUCACUCGGGGCAUGUCGCUUCAACGUCGCGACGGUGGACUCAUACCAGGGCGAGGAAAACGAGAUCGUUCUGCUAUCUCUUGUGCGGAGCCCCCCGGCGCCAAAUGAGCCCAAGCGUGUCGGUUUCGUCGAGAGUCGGAAUCGCGCAACAGUCGCGGUGAGCAGAGCCCGUCGUGGUUUCUUCAUGUUCGGAAACAAGAACAAUCUUUUCCAAUCUACCAAGCAGUCCUUCGACACAUGGGCUCCUAUCUGGAACGGCUUUGCGGAACAGCAGCGCGUUGCUAUGGACAAGGGGCUGCCAUUAGUUUGCCAGAACCAUAAUGACAAGCAGGGCACAAAUGAGAUCUGGAUGAAGUCCCCGGAGAGCUUUGUCGGGAAUGCUGGUGGGUGCUGGAUCAAAUGUGACGGCAAGCUUCCAUGUGGGCACGAUUGCGUUCUCAGCUGUCAUGUGAUUUCUCACGACAAGCUCACGUGCCUGAAUCCCUGCACCCAAAUUCUCCCCUGCGGCCACAAAUGCUCAGGCGUUUGCACCGACCAAUGCCGAUGCUGUGAGAAUUGCGAACAGUUCAAGACUCUGAAGGUCGAGCAGCAGAUGGCCCAGCUUCAACUUGAGUCUUCUCCCUUGUCCUCUUCAGCGAUACCCUCAGCAGCUCCGGAUCAAAUCCGUGACAGCAGCCCGGAGAAGUGGAUUGACUUCAGCAAGAACCCCGCCAUCCACGACGAAGUCAUCCGCGAAGCUCGCCUCCAGGCGCUCAACCCCUCGCCCGAGAUUGAAUUGGAUUCAGCGCCUCCACCCAAUGCCGGCCAACGAGGGGGGAUCAAUGAGCUUUUCACACCGGUCACUGUCAAUCGAGAUGGAUUCCGAGUGAUUGGACAGCAGCGGACUCAGAGUCGUGGUACAGCUGGACACCAGCCUUUCCCGAGGGCUAACAACCAGGCUGUCGGUAACCGCCGCGGAGCUGCCAACCAGAAACAGAGCCCCCAGCCACACAUGCAAGCUCGUGCUCCAUCUGGUAACAACCGUUCCCAAGCCACAUCACGAUCCCACGGAGGAAAGCCGAUGAAUUCCCAGCGCAAUCAGGCCCAAUUGUCUCGGAGUCCGCAGAAGAGCAAGCGACAUUUGACACGCAAGGAAGAAACCUUUGUAUCUCGAAAAGACCAUGGAGAUGACUCCCUACAUGUGAUUAAUUCUCCGGCACAGCCCUUGGGGGGAGUUAGGUGCGCCCCAAGCGAAGCCACCGCCGACUUGAUGUCAUUGAUGGGUGAAUCUGACCUCGGGUUCGAGGCGGAAGUGCUAGGGAUUCGACGGGGACGACACCGUGACGAGCCAAGCCCAGCCGACACCAAAGCUUCACCAAAGCUUCAGCAGCACAUGGAUCUCGAUGUCGAAUCACUGAUGUCAUUCGGCGUAGAUGGUACUUCCUCCCCAACAAAGCGAGCUCAGCCACCCAAUAUUGAUAACAAGGAGGAUUGGCUUAUCGACAUUUGAUUGGUUUGAAGGUCUCUGGUAGAUGUUUGAUGGAUUCGUGGACUUGUCUUGUACGGUAUUAGGCAUGGUGUAGGCAGAAGCUGUCCCGGCGGUGGCACUCCACACGCAAUCUUCUUGCCCAGGCAAGUACUUGCGCUGGGUCUUCAGCGUUUACCACUGCAUGAAGGGGCCAUUUAUGUCCUCA